CAAGCUGUUAUAAUAAACAUGGCUGCUAGAUCGUACAAUCCUGAACUAUCGCGAUCAAAAUUCAAGAACUGGAUUAAGGCUGGAUUGGGCAUUCUAUAUACUAAAGAAGGUAUUGAGCCUUUUGUUUAUGAUGAAAUAGAAACGUUUCAGAAGAAAUGUCUGAAAGAAAUUUACGAUAGAUGUAGACUUCCUACUGGUACCAAGUGUUCUAGUUGUCGUACUGAGAAUAUUGUUGUUUGUCCUACUAAUAGAAUUUGUAAUGGGGAUCGUGAGAAAUGCAGAUUCCAUAGAAAUAACGCCACACGAUAUAUCAUAUCUGGUUGCCCAAAAAAGAUAUGUCAUAAUUUUGUCAACAAAAUCAAGUAUGCUCAUCGCUUUCGCGACCCAUCCUUUGAAAAUACUGCCGCUACCAAGUGGUGCAGCAAUCCGUGGGAAGUUGCUAAAUGUUUCAUGCCACCAGACGGUUACAAAAAUGUUACGAAUGCAGCAGAGACAGAUUUCGAUGGUCUCAUUGGUGUUAUCAUCAACUAUAAAGCGUUUCAAUCAAAAUUUCACGAGGACUUAAGCAAGACAGACAAUAUUGUUUGGAAGGCUAGACAUCUGGGCAAUGCUCUUCGUCAUUCAUCAGAUUUAGGGGCGGAAGAUGGAGAUCUACAACAGUACCUUAGCACCUUACAGAGUGUUCUGUCAGAUCCUGGAUAUUUGGCUACUCAUACAGCUUCACAGAAUGCUAGAAAGAAAUUAUCAGAGCUUGAUGAUGAUACAUUGGUCAUUGGUAUAAACGAUAUUCGGAAUGUGCUGAAUGAUGUUGUUACGGCAGUUCAUGAUAAACUAAGGACUGAAAAAGAUGAACACAAGGCGGAAGCUGAAAAGCAAAAAUUAGAACUGAUUAAAAUCACAAACAAGUAUGUUAAUGCUUAUGAAAAACAAGGGAAAAUGUCAAUGCAUGAGCUAGAAAAAGCGUUACUGCUUGCAAUUGAUGAAAAAGAAGCACCCAAAAAGAAAUCGAUUAUAGAGGAUCACUCAACACAACUGACACUCCACUCUGAGGCUAAGGAGGAUUUAGAUACCGUUCCUUCAGAAAUGGACCUAGAUAAGAUUUCACGGGCAAUAGGAUUGAAUUGGGAGUUACUCGGACCUCACCUAGGACUUUCUAAAGUGAGGAUUGAAUGUAUACAAAUGGACAAUGAUACAUCACAAAAACGGAUAUAUCAAAUGUUUUACAACUGGCAGGCGGAACAAGGACCAAAUGGCACUUUACGAAACCUUUUUGAAGUCUUUAGAAAUCAACCGUCCACUAGUAUUGACUGGGAAAUACUUGGACGAUCUUUCCCUGAUGCCCCAGCAUACAAGCCAAGUGAAGAAA